AAAAAAACCCCAUAACCCCCCUUCAAAGACUACUAACUGAACCUCCUCCCAAAUCUAAGAGGAUGCAAAUAGGUUGGCAGUUUCAUAAAUAAUAAUAGUUAUUAGCUAUCAAGGCUCUCACAGUAGUGUUGAAUUCUGAUGAGACUGGGGAGAACCUGAGUUUAAAGAAAAUAAAGUAUUCCAUUUAAAUGAUAAUAUUGAUGGGGUUGGAGGUGGGGCAGUCCAUGCAACACUUCCAACCGGCAUCUGUUGUUUGCUAGCAGGGUUGGACUGCCAUGUACAUUGGUCAGGAUGCAGCAACAUUCAUUAACUGGGAGAGGAGAAAAGCUGAGUUAAAACUACCUUGAUUAUUUUCCUAGAUAACAGCUAGAAAGCGCUGUUAGUUUAAUUGGUUACAGAAUUUGAGUUAGUUGCUGUGAUUAAUUACUGUGAAGUAUCUUUGUUGAAAGUUGAUUUAUUUCAAAGAAGGGUAAUGAUUUCUGUCAAUAUUUUUAUUUUCAUGAAUGCUAGUUAGAGAGGGAAGAAUCCCAGAAUUUUCUGUAAUGUUGUAUUUCUUGUCUCAGUGUGACCAACCGUGGUUUUUCCUUGUUUUCUUGAUGGACAAUGCUGGAAAAAUUCCCAGCAUUGAACUUGCAAUGUAAAACAAACAGCCGCGCCCAGUCAGUUGUUGGGAAGCGCUUUGUUAAGGACAGCUUCCUUGUCUGGAAGUACAUGUAAAUUAAGGGGAAAAAAAUUCCACAAACUUGCCAGGCAACCAUUUCUAAUUUUACAGUGAUGUAAUAAUCCGGGGUAUCUGGUUUGUCACUGGGAUCAUUUGACUACACUCAGUAGCAGAAAGUCCAAAAAAUCCCAAGUUGAAAUCUUCACUUUUUAAUAAAUGAGCUUGCUUUCUAUGGCCUAAUAUCAGCAGUGAUGUUUACCAACCAUUUUCACUCUAACGAGAUUUUUCUUGUCUGAACUUGAACUGUUGCCAUUCAAGGAAAUGCUAACCUGAAAAUAAACUCCUUUAAAGUCAAAGUAUCAUUUGACUUUGUUCCUCAUUCUGUUUUCACUGCCUAUGCAAUUUGUUUACUCAGUGGAUAUUUUUUCUUCAGGCUGGGACUUUCCAGUGACGUGUCCUCAGCUGGAAAGAGAGGGGACUUUCUCACUGCUGAGCAAGUUUGGGAUUUUCCAUUUUCCAAAACUCUUCCUGCAUGCCAUUUAUAGUUGAUGAUACGGAUCUAGUUUGGUUUUGUUUCCAGCUUUAAAGAAAGAGAUGUGCAACUACAAGCCUUUCAUCUCUCCUGCUGUGAUGUCAUCAGCUUGCUUUUGUCUGCUGAGAGCAAUUGGAAAGUCAAUGACAGUCCCCGUUCCUGUUCCCCAUUCCCCAUUUUCCACAGCCAUCAGUUGUACUGUAUUUCUCCCCUGUUCUGGACCUCAGCAGUUCUCAACGUUAUUAUUUCAUCCCACUUAUCUUCUGCCUUCAGUUACACGACUUACUACAUCAGUGUUGUUAUCGUACUACCAAGGCACCGACCUUCUUAUUUCACUCAGUUAUGUCCUCUUUCAGCUGCCCUUGUUUUUCAUUUGUAUUCUGACUCAAAUUCAAAAUGUUUAUCUGCAAGUCCUGGCUGCCUACCUGACCUAUUCUCUUUUGAUGUCACCCACUCCUUUAUUCUUUAAAAUCUCUUCAUAAAUUACCUUACGCUUGCUUUCGCUGUGCCAUCUUUGCUGCUGUCUUCUGCAAAGCUCCUUGUAUCCAGAAUACCCACUCUUGGUUUUAAAUCAACUCUCAGGAGCAGGCAACUCAGAAAUGACAUAGUGUCCUGGUUCUGGCAUAGACAGUAGAUUUCUACUUACUACGCUAAGCAGAUGGCAUUACAGAAAAAUUAAAGAUUUGUAACAGAAGAGAGCUAGAUCUUACUAGGUGCUGAUCUACUUUAAUUAUAUGCCAAAAAUUGCAAGUAAAACUGAACAAACUACUUGCAAAAUAAUAUUGAUAUAACUGUGUGUGCUGUGAUGUAUCUGGUAAGAGAUACUGCUGUUUUCGUAGGCUAUUGAGGACAGGGUUAUAGAAUACCAUGUGACAUGGAGAGGUGAUGCAAUAUUUAUAAAACAUGUGCAAGUCCCCAAAGCAAACUAUGUUGGUUUUCCUUUUAAUUAUAGAAAUAUAAAGUAAAUAUUGGAGUAAGACUACUGCUAAAUGGAAUUCUGGUCUCCCUGCCUUCCUUUUGGCAUGUACACACACAGGGCUCUCACUGACCUUACUAAAAGCUGUAUAUAUUUCUGUGGAAGUUACAAAACUUAAUAGGAUGUGUUAUAUUUAUUACUUGCAACAAACCUUGGAAAGGAGCAGUAGUAAAGAAGGAUGGGCUUGAAUAUUAGGAGUACAGGAUGUGCCAAACCAGAUCCUCCCAUUUCUUCACCAAGAUUCACGUGUACAUACUUUACUACGGCAAAUAAAUUCCUUUUUUAACAAGAUUAUUUUUCCCCUACUUUCAGUGAUGCAUGGUCAAUGGACGAAUGCAAGUCAUAACCAAAGAACUAAUUCUGUAUGUGUUAAAAUGUAAUUUUAAAACAAAAAAUAUUGAGCUGUACUGAGUUGAAUAGCUGUAAAAAGGAAAGCUUAAAAGUUGUUAAAAUUCAAGUUUUAAUAAUUGUCAAUUAGGCAGUUCUAAAUAACUAUGUACAAUCUUUUUAUUAAAAUACCUAUCAGCAAUGACUGCAAAGACUUCAGUCACACCAAAUGCCAGGGUCUGUUUCUUACACUUCAACUGAACCGUAAAUAAGUGAGGUAACUGAUUCGGAUGUUCAGUAAAGUAGGAGUCAUGGAACAUGUUUUCCCUGUGUGUUAAUAUAAACCAGAAAAAUUGUGUAACUUGUUGAUGACUACUGGAAUUUACAUGGCACUCUGGAAAUUGUUGGUUGCAGCAUUCAUUCAUCAGCAUUUAUGAUUGUGAAAUCACAUGCACAUAGUCUUUGUCCUUGAUUAUUUAUGAGCUAUGCUUCCAGACAGGGAUGAACACUUUGCCUCAGAAGUAGUUCCGUUUCACUAACAGACAAAACAAAGACUGGGACAAAACUACAUUUAUUUCUCUACGAAUCUAACCUAUGGGCUUCCUAUUGUACCUGGACGUACAACAGUGGUUAGUUCUGCAAGCUGCUGCACCAGCUGACUUGGAAAGGUAGCACACCUGGCUUAUUGAAAAACAGAAAGUCCAGACAGAACAGUACUGAAAUGGAAGUUUUUACCUUUGAAGACAAUGUUAGGACCAAGAUAUGAUGAACAGGUUGCUGAAGAAAAUCGUUUUCACCCGAGUAUGCUAUCCAACUACUUGAAGAGUCUGAAGGUUAAAAUGGGUUUACUGGUAGACUUGACCAACACCACGAGAUUCUAUGAUAGGAAUGAUAUAGAGAAAGAGGGAAUUAAAUAUAUAAAGCUUCAGUGUAAAGGGCAUGGUGAAUGCCCUACACCUGAGAAUACGGAAACAUUUAUCCGUGUAUGUGAACACUUCAGUGACAAGAAUCCCUCAGAGCUUAUAGGUGUCCAUUGCACACAUGGUUUCAAUAGAACUGGAUUUCUGAUCUGUGCCUUUUUGGUUGAGAAGUUGGACUGGAGUAUUGAGGCUGCUGUGGCAACUUUUGCUCAGGCUAGACCACCAGGUAUUUAUAAAGGUGACUAUUUGAAGGAAUUAUUUCGUCGUUAUGGAGAUGAAGAUGAUGCACCAUCACCACCUGAGCUACCAGAAUGGUGCUUUGAUGAAGAUGAAGAGGAGGAUGAUGAUAAUGGUAAAGCAGGAGGCCAAGAAUCAGAACCUGGAUCAUCAAGCUCUUCCUUUGGCAAGAGGAGAAAAGAACGUCUAAAACUGGGUGCAAUUUUCCUGGAAGGAAUAACAGUUAAAUGUGUGACCCAGGUGACAACACAACCGAAGUUAGGAGGAAUACAGCAAAAAUGUCAGCAGUUCUGUGGAUGGGAAGGGUCUGGAUUCCCUGGAGCACAGCCUGUUUCCAUGGACAAGCAAAAUAUUAAAUUUUUGGAGCAGAAGCCAUACAAAGUUAGCUGGAAAGCAGACGGCACUCGGUACAUGAUGCUGAUUGAUGGCAAGAAUGAAGUUUAUAUGAUUGAUAGAGACAAUUCAAUUUUUCAUGUAUCUAAUCUGGAAUUUCCGUUUCGUAAAGAUCUUCGCACACAUCUAACAAACACUCUUCUGGAUGGGGAAAUGAUCAUCGACAAGGUUAAUGGACAGGUUGUCCCUCGGUACUUAAUAUAUGACAUUAUUAAGUUUAAUGGGCAGCCUGUUGGAGACUGUGAUUUUAAUGUUCGACUUGCAUGUAUAGAGAAAGAGAUUAUAUUUCCACGACAUGAAAAGAUGAAAAAUGGUCUUAUCGACAAAGCACAGGAACCAUUCAGUGUUCGAAACAAACCAUUUUUUGACAUCUACACAUCAAGAAAGCUCUUGGAAGGAAGCUUUGCUAGAGAAGUUAGCCAUGAAGUGGACGGACUGAUUUUUCAGCCUACAGGAAAAUACAAGCCUGGUCGAUGUGAUGAUAUUUUGAAAUGGAAGCCACCCAGCCUGAAUUCUGUUGAUUUUCGUCUAAAGAUAACAAGAAUUGGUGGAGAGGGGCUACUCACGCAGAAUGUUGGUCUUCUUUAUGUUGGAAACUUUGACAGACCUUUUGCACAAAUUAAGGUGACAAAAGAACUGAAACAGUACGACAAUAAAAUUAUAGAGUGCAAGUUUGAGAACAACAGCUGGGUCUUCAUGAGACAGAGAAUAGACAAAAGCUUUCCAAAUGCCUACAGCACUGCCAUGGCUGUAUGCAACAGCAUCCAGAAUCCGGUCACGAAGGAGAUGCUGUUUGAGUUCAUUGACAGAUGUACAGCAGCUUCUCAAGGACAGACGCGGAAACACCACCUUGAUCCCGACACUGAACUCAUGCCGCCCCCGCCGCCCAAAAGGCCGCGUACCAUAACAUAAGGCCUUGGUCUCAGCGGAUAGUGUGUUUACAGUUCUGCAGAAGGUGAAAUGCAAGCGCGAAGGCUGGAAAAAACGAAAUCUGAGUUGCUGUAAAUACUUGGGUGUGUUUUGAGUUUGGUUUGGGUUUUGGUUUUGUUUUCAAAUUCCACGUACAAAUGGACGUUGUUCUGUAACUGAUAAAUUCAACCUUACCGUAUGGUAUUUGAAGCUGAAAUUUCCAAAGGUUUAGACAAGAACAGUACAAUGAAGUCAAUGGAAAGCUGCCUUGUUUAUAUACGGAUCUCUUUUCACCUUUAAUUUAUAACGUCAGCAAUCUAGAACUGAGAAAACAUUGGGAUGCUGUACUUUUUAGAGGCUGUGUUUAAAAAAAGCAGAAGUGGUUUUUUUUACUCUUGUUAUUCAACUGGUUGCAAUUUGUCACCCAUAGUAUAGUUGAUCAUAGUUUCCUUGCAUUUCUGAGACUUGUGUUUAACAGCAAACAGCAGUGUCGUUUGUGCUCUGUGUUGGUUAAAAACUAAGCCGCCUUAGAUUUCACUAAUUUCAAAAUUAGCUGGGUUUUUGUUGUUGAAAUAUUAAAAAAGUUAAUCCUUCAUGUAAAUAGCAUCCCUUUGAAAGGAAAUGUGCUGGGUGUUUGGUUUUUCCCCCUUUGAACCUAACACACCAAAUGUAUAGUGGGCUGAUUUUAGCUUUGCCUUUUUAAGUUUAUCUGUAGAUAAGGAAUACACCAAAUCCUUAGUAUUAAGGUCUCUGUUAAGAGACUGUUUCCAGUACAGGGCUUAGUUCUCCACAGUGAUACCAUUGUAAAUAUUACUGAAAAGUACACAUCACUGUGAUAUGCAAGAGUAAUAAGCAGCGCUAAUCAUGACGUCUUAGAUCCAGGCACAAAAUGGCAAAAGAAAUGCCAGACAACUCCUGUGUAACAGAGAAGGUAGUUUAGGUGGAAGAGAGCCAUGCCAGGCAGAAGGUCUCCUGGUUUAGAUAAUUGCAGAGCAAAGAUAAACCGUUUAGGGGGGUGGACGAGUGUCCAAGGGAACAGGACGCUCAUUUUCAAAGGUGGGGUCGGCUGUCCUGCGGCACCGUCCUCACCCGCCGGCUGACUUUCUACCAUACCAAAUGAAGAAGCGCAUGAAUGCCCUAAUGGCUCUUGUUGCAGCGCACUGGCAGAUGUUCAAAACAUUAGUUUUGAGAAGCUGCAUUCUGGUUGUCUAAGGGAGGAGUUGUUCUAAGCUGAGAUUAAUUGGAAACCAAAUGCAGAUUUUAAAGUUUACUGUACAUCAUGAAGCAGGGAUCGAAUUGGCUCUUUCUGUAGUUUACUUAGUGUGUGAGUCAUCCAUUCAUUCAGCAAUCUGAUUAGUGAAGCUCAUUAAUUUGUUAUAACUAAAAUGCAUUUCUGUUUAAAUGAAUUUUAAUGUUUGUAAGCAAAAUUAACAACUCCUGCAUUUUUUUUUUUUUUCUCUAUACGGAAACUUUACGACUAUGCUUUGUGGUGGCUUCUCUAGUUUCAACCUAUCAUAUAAACGCACACGGCAUCAUUUAGAUGGCGUUCCUAGCGUCUCUUUCUGGGAUAUUCCGUACGUGUUUUAGAGAACUGAAGGAGUUAUAUAAGUUACUUUUUAUACUAUGGUAAAACUUGAGGGGAAAAAAUGCAUUCAUCAAAGUUCUUUUUUUCAACUGUACAUAGUUUCUGCAUAUUAUCUAUAGAAAAGAUAUAAUAUCACCUAUGCAAGGUUGCAAAAUUAUCUCCUAAAAAGAGCCUUAUGAAUUUGAUGUGAAAACCUAUGCAGCCUCUGUGCAUCUUGCAUUGAAACAAUUAUUUCUUCACUCAGUAUAAAUAAUUUCCCCCAGAUUAUACUUGUCAUUGAGAUUGUCGUAACAUACACUUUGUCACUGAUCUUCAUGGUUCUAUGGCAAUUGCAAUGUGUACGAUGAUUACAGCCUUCUCCGUGAGGUUAGGACAUUUCAUUCUUGUAAGGAUGUGGCCAGGUUAUUUCCGUCUCUCUUCUUCCCAGCCUUUGCAUCUUAUAUUUCAACAAGACCUUGCUUCUGGUUUACCUUUUACUUCAGAGCUGCAGCACCGCAGGCUGUCUUCAAUGUGCAUUCCACCAAGUCCAUGAAUGUGUUCUGGCCCUGAUAUUUUGACAGUGUCUUUUUUUUCCGCUCUCAGCUUGAAAUUGAUAUUUUGAAAGAGUAAUGACUCUAAGAAGGUUUAGAGCUCCACGUUCACAUUUGAUUGUCAAACUCUUCUUGCACUAUGACCUGUAGCUUUUUAGAGAGGUCAACUGCCUAUGCUUUUCUGGAAAAGGAAGCUACUGGGGAAGGGUUGAAUGAACAACCUGAUGAAAACAAAUGGAAAUUUAACUUGGUCCAGAUGGGUUUAAUACUGUGAGAAAUGCAAACCUCCUUUCUCUGCUACUAGAUAUUCAAGAGAUUGAAGCUAAGAAGCAAAGAAGAGUCUGUGCCAGGAAAACAAUGAUGAUAAAAAAAAACCCCUAACUUGUCUAUUAUUUGGUGUACAGCAUGAAUUCAUCCACUGUUUUGUCAUUUGUUAAAUAUAUAAUUAAAAUUUGGUUUCAGUGGAGUUUCCAGAAAAUGUAAGUACAUUCCUCUACAGACUGUGUAUUAAGUAUUUUAA